GCGCAGUAGCUUUAAUUGCCCAUCAGAGUGUGCACAUGGCCAGUUCAGUACAGACCUCGUGUCUGGAGUUCACAGAUUACAGUUUACUUAUAUAUACUUGUAGUCAUGAUAUUGAUAUUAUUAUUAAUGUUUACUUCAGUAUGAGUUCCUGCGGAGCACACUCGCGCCCCGCACCAUCUUGCCCAUCAGGCUCGACCAGAGCCUUGGUCGAGCCAGCAGCAAGCUGCUUGGAGGAAGAGUGUUCGACAGGAGUGUUAUCUGUGGUCUUGGCUUUGGACGACGCGUUGGGAUUGGGAGAUCGAUGGUCGCCUUUUGACGGUCAUCGACCUUGGAGGAGGUCGAAGAUUUGGUGGUCGAUGAAGAAAGGGAUUGUUGCUGAAGGUUCUUCUCAGGAGGUGGCUGUGAAGUUCGUUCUUGCGGUGGUUUUGGUGGUUGAUGUUGUAGCGGCUGCUGUUGUUUUUGUGGCUGUGGCUGCGGCUGUUGUUGCGUUUGCUGUUGUUCUUUCGUCGGUGGGGGUGGAG